AUGUCUUCCUCAACUCAACAACCUGACGUUCCUGCCGAGUCUGUUCAUGCCGUCCAUUUCACUUUGCCUGAUUUCUGGCAACAAGCCCCUGAACUUUAUUUUAUCCGCAUUGAGUCAGCCUUUUACUCCGCCAACAUUACGAAGGAGUUGUCGAAAUACCACAAACUUGUGGAGGUUCUCCCUGCCAAUAUUAUCUCACAAGUUCAACCCUUGUUAGUGAAACCCCCUGUAGACGCUCCCUAUUCUGCUCUGAAGGCGGAAAUCCUUCGUCUCAAUGCUGUAUCUGACCGACAACGCUACCACCAGUUGAUCAAGGCGGAAUCACUGGGCGACCGAAAGCCCUCAGAACUUCUCCGACGAAUGCAUACUCUCUUAGGAGACAUGCAGGUCGAUGAGAAACUCGUUAAAGAGAUGUUUCUAGAGCGGCUGCCUGCAGGGGUCCAAACGAUUUUGGCAUCUGGCUCGCAAGACCUUACGCUUUCACAUCUUGCUGAAAUGGCAGACCGAAUGAUAGAGGUUCAACGGUUCCAGCCACCUUCCGUUGCUCAGAUUUCCACAUCCUCUUCAACGGUUAAGGAGCAGUUACUGCAACAGAUGUCGGCUAUGGCGAAUGAGAUAGCAUCCCUAAAACUACAGCUUGCUCACAUUACCUGUAGUAGCUCACCCAGCCGUCAUCUUUCACGUUCGCAACCUUGCACAGCCAAUUUGUGUUGGUAUCACGCAAACUUUGCCGCCAAGGCUCGCAAACAUUCUUCCCCUUGUUCAUUUAAACCGAAACAGGGAAACCAGCCAGCCAGAGAAUAGACGCGACCGUUUUCUCUGGCUCUCCCAGCUCUGGUCGCACCUUUUAUGUCUGCGACAAUGUGACUCGCAGGCGUUUCCUGGUGGACAUCGGAGCCCAGAUCAGCCUGAUUCCCCCCACACCAGUUGACCGCCGCUGUCCCAGCCCUGGUCUACAUCUCCAAGCUGCAAACUGUUCCACCAUUUCCACUUUUGGUAGUCGUUCCCUAACGCUAAACAUUGGUUUACGUCGAUCUUUCUCCUGGAUAUUUGUGAUUGCCGAUGUGCCUCAUGCGAUCCUUGGUUCCGACUUCCUAGCUGAGUUUGAUCUCCUUGUUGACUGUCGGCGUUCCUGUCUCCUCGACCGCACAACUGGUCUUUCUGUCCGCGGUCAAAGACACUUCAAUGACUCCUGCAAUUUAUCUGUUCUGGAAACAGGUAUUGCUUGCCCAUACUGAGACCUGCUCCUCCAACACCCCAACAUAAUCAAACCCCAGUUUCGCAGUGGUGAGAUCCAGCAUGACGUUUUCCACCACAUUCGCACCCCUGGCCCCCCAGUAUUCGCACGGCCUAGACGACUGGCUCUGUCCCGUCUGCAAGCGGCGAAGGCCGAAUUUGAGCACAUUCUGCAAUUGGGCAUAAUUCGGCCGUCCGAGAGUCCAUGGGCGUCCCCUCUGCAUAUGGUGCCAAAGGCGACAUCAGACGACUGGCGGCCCUGUGGUGACUAUCGCGCCCUCAACAAUGCGACCAUCCCGGAUCGUUAUCCCGUUCCUCAUCUUCAAGAUUUUGCUGGAGCUUUUUUCGGCAAAUCGGUUUUCUCGAAAAUUGACCUUGUUCGGGCUUUCCAUCAGAUUCCUGUCGCUCCUGAGGAUGUUCCCAAAACUGCCGUCACCACACCAAUCGGCCUGUUCGAAUUUAUUCGCAUGCCAUUUGGUCUUCGCAAUGCUGCCCUAACAUUUCAGAGGUUCAUUGACCGAGUCCUACGUGGUCUCCCGUUUGUGUACGCCUACAUCGAUGACCUCUUGGUGGCCAGUCGAAAUGCCGAGGAACACAAAGAGCAUCUUGCCUUAGUGUUUGACAGCCUCGAUCAGUUUGGCGUGGUCAUUAACCCUUCGAAGUGUGUUCUGGGUGUGCCGUCCCUUGAUUUUCUUGGUCACCAUGUCGAUGCACAAGGUUUGCGUUCCCUCUCUUCCAAGGUGUAGGCCAUUCGUGACUUUCCUCCACCAACCUCCAAGCGUCAUUUGCAACGUUUCCUUGGCAUGGUAAACUUUUAUCGCCGGUUCCUACCGAACUGUGCCGACCUUAUGCUGCCACUCACCAACUUGCUCUUUGGUCCCAAGGGUCCCCUUGAUUUACGUGGCUACGCGCUGACUGCUUUUGAGAGAAUAAAGACCUCCCUUCCUGACGCUACCUUGCUCACUCAACCUGCUCCAGAAGCCCCAUUGUCCCUGAUGGUUGAUGCUUCGACCGUUGCCGUAGGAGCAGUCCUCCAACAGCAUAUCGACGACUCGACACGACCGUUGGCAUUCUUCUCCAAGAAGCUUUCACCUGCCGAGACGAGAUAUAGCACGUUUGGCCGUGAACUUCUUGCCAUUUACCUAGCCGUAAAACAUUUCCGACACUUCCUUUAG